AUGGAAAGGUUAUCGAAGAUUGCGAAAACUUUGAGAAAUAACUGGAAAAAGUCAGUUUUCGGAGCGUUUGUUCUAUAUUAUGGUGGCGCUACAGCAAAAGAAAAAUAUGAAAUUAGCAUAUUAAUGAGUGCAGCAUGCAAAGAAGCUGUCAAAUAUGGAGAUUCCAUGAUAGAUUUUGACAGGAACCCCACACUAAUAACAGUUAUAAUGAACCCUGUAGCCAAUCGGCGAAAAGCUAAGAAGGAAUUUGAGAAAUACUGUGAGCCUAUACUACACUUAGCUGGUUUACAAGUAGAUGUGAUACAGACAACCUCUGAGGGUCAUGCCAAAGAGAUCGUUGAGAAUUUGAAAGGCACUGAAGCUAUUAUAGUUGCUGGUGGAGAUGGCACUCUAUCAGAAACAGUUACAGGCUUGCUGAGAAGAAAUGAUGAUGCAAACCAAUUCCCUCUCGGAGUUCUGCCUCUUGGCACAACAAAUAGCCUAGGUAAUGAACUAUUUCCUGGUGGAAAGGGGGUAGAGAAAGUGCGACAACUCAUUGAUGCAUGCAUGGCAAUAGUGAAAGGGAACACAAUUUGGAAAGAUGCUAUGAAAAUUGAACCCAUUACUUCUGAAGAAGAACCUCCUAGCAGACCCAUAUAUGCAAUGACAUCAAUAGAUUGGGGUGCAUUCAGAGAUAUACAAGCAAAACGUGACAAGUAUUGGUUUUAUGGGCCAUUCCGUGACUAUGCAUCCUACGUUUUUAAUGGCUACAAGGAUUCUAUUACUUGGACAUGCAAUGGAGUCCUGAGUUACACACCACCUUGUGCCGGCUGUAGUAAUUGUGUGAGUAAGAAACCAGAAAUAAAAAGGAAAUGGUCCUUCUUCAUGCCAAGUACACAGGCAGCUCCGGAGUCAGACCGAACUAAACUUAUCAAUGAAGAAUGUGUCUUGACAAAUGAAUUGUGUUUCAAAUCCACUGAACUAAGGAUAAGUCCCAAAGUAGGGGAUUUACCGGCCUUAUGCGUAGAAUUAGGGAGGAGUAAAUACUCAUAUGUGGAGUUUGUUUCCGAAGGUUGGCGAAGGGUAAAGGGUGAUGGUAACAUUCAGGAAGUUUUGCAAGCACGGACAAUAGAGUUACAACCGCAAAACACGAAACCCGAUGGAGUGUUUGAGAUAGAUAAGGAAGAGUUUGAUGUGAAACCUAUGAAAGUUACCAUUUUACCAAAAACUAUUAAGUUAUUCUGUAAAACAGAGCAGAAUUAA